AUGGAAAGCAGCAAGUUAAUGUCAACUGGCAAAGCUACUGUAAUCAUCCAAGUAAAUCCACAGGUGAAACAAAAUAAUGUUAUUUGUGAUGACGAACAGCAGGCCAGAGUAGCAUAUCACAAUACUGCUCUUAAGGGAUUUUUCAAAGCACAUCCAAAGACACUAGGGACUCUCCAGAUUAUAAUUGGAGUGGCGAUUUUCUUGUUUGGUAUUGUAAUCACCAUUAUCACCUUUGAAAUGCCAGUUGUUAUUUUUAGUGGCAUCACCUACUGGGGAUCCCUUAUUUACAUCAGUGCUGGCUCUCUGUCUGUUGCCGCGCAGAAUAAACUUAAUCUCUGUGUGGUGAAAGCCUCUCUUGGAAUGAAUGUGAUCAGUUCCAUAACUGCAGCGAUUGCCAUUACUCUGAUGAGCAUGGAUAUACUUAUCAUUUCAACAUUGUACAGAAGUCCUAAUAAGAACUUUAAUAUGGUGAUCAUUGGAAUGUUGCUGGUGUUGUCCAUCCUUCAGUUGAUCAUCUCCAUCUUUAUCUCAGGAUUUGCCUGCAAAGCCACAUGCAACACUGACUCUACAGUGGUCAAUGUGGCACUAUACCAGGUCCUAGUGUAG